ACGCGCGUAUUCUAAAGCCUUCGGUAUGGUGACUACCACAGCGCCUUCGCCCUUUCUAAACCGGGUGUCGGCCGGUACCGACGACUGUCGCCCGUUUCCUGCGUCCCUUUUUAAACGGCUCCUGCGGGCGGACUACGGCGGCGAAAGCCCCCAACCCGGCUGCUGUCCGGGCCUAGGACCAAACGGGAGCGCAAGACCGUCGCUGAAAAGAGUCAGGCGACGAAGACGGAAGAUCCGUUCCGCUCCCUCUGGCCUCCUGCAGAGUCGCUACCAGCAAUUCCAGCAACACCGGGCCGGCUUGGGACGGAAAAACGCCGCGCAAGGGACGCGCAACCGCGGCGACGUCCCCGCCGCUUCGUCAGACCCUGGAUUGGACAUGGGACGUUCCGCCGAGGAAGCUCCGGCGCCUUCGCCGAGAACGACCCCGGUCGUUACAAACAAGCCCUGCAGGAAAGAGUUGUUCAAAAACAGGAUGGGAAAAUCUGAGAAGAAUCCGCUGCCUUACAAUCAGCCUGUUCACAAUAUGCAUCUAUCUGACCAAUCGAAGAGUAAUAGACAGAGGAGUAAAUGUAACAUACCACUAAAUAAAUUUCCAUCUACAAAAAAGUGUGAAAAUACAUUUUGGCAAGAAUCAUUAUCAUCUGAACUCAUUAAAAGGCAGGAGAAAAAGUCUCUGGAAAAUGCAGAAAAUUUUAAAGCAAAGAAAUCUAUUUUUCUGACAGAAGCUAACCAAAAAGAAAAUUAUGCUGGGGCAAAAUUUAGUGAUCCUCCUUCACCCAGUGUCCUUCCAAAACCUCCCAGUCAUUGGGUUGGGAGCACUGUUGAAUUUUCUGACCAAAACAGGAAGAUGAUGGAAGUCCAUUUAAAGACACUCUUAAAAGUUCAAGCAUAGCUUCUGGAUAUUGACAAAGGACAUGCCAGCAAUCUAAAUCCAGCCUUGUUGCAUUUUAAUGUUCAAAGGACUGACUAGUCUUAAAAACAGAAACUUGUACUCUAAUUUUUUAUGGAUAUGUAAAUAGUGUAUAUCAUGUAAUGUGUAUAUUCAUAUUUUGAGGUACAUUUUAGUUUUGUUAUGAAAGGAUGUAUUUUACAUUGCCCAUGCGGUAGAUGGCUUUUGUACAUAAUAAUGGACAUCUUUUUAAAGUGUGUUUGACACAUGGAAAGAUCUGUCAACAUUUGCACAAGGUAUUGAGAUUUUUCAAAGGAAAAAAAUCUAUUGACAUUCAAAUGGAAAUGUGAAAACGUUAUUGUUGCACUACUGAAAAAUUUUACAGUCUGUGGCACACAACAUUUUAUUGAAAAAUAAGCUUUCAGAAAGAUGUGAAUUUGUUUGAAAACAGUAUAUGGAGUUAAAUUCAAUUACACCAUACAAGCUUCCAUACAAACGUUGGAAUUUAAUUGACAACACCUGAAAUCUAGCACUUAUUAUCUAACAUGGAUAAUAGUGCUAUCUGCCAGAAAUAAUUGACUAGUUUAAAAAAAAAUUAAAUAAAACAAUUUGGCCUCCCCUUUACUUGGUUAUCUUUUAUGUAUUUUUCUGUCUGGCUGAAUUUUGAUAAAGCAAUAUCAAUUGUAAGCAUUUUGGGUUAUGUCAGUGAUAACAGGUUACAUUUUCUAAAUGCUAUAAUUAUUAAUUAGAAGCAAUGUAGUAUUUUACAAUAUAGUAAUUUCUUUUUAUAAGUUCACUGCAUUGUAUUAAGAUUGCAUAUAGAUGGAGUACUCCAUAGCCUUAACAGUGAUAGUCUUAAUGGCCUAGAAAAUUGGUCAUUAAAAUCACAAACUGGGUGCAACUGCAUAUUACAAUGUGAAUGUCAAUUUAAAUACCGGUAUACGGUAUAAUAGCUGAGGCCCAGUACACAAAGCAUAUAUUUUCCUGCAGCUGAGAUAUGCGGGUCAGAGUUCUUCCAUUUACUCUAGCAAAUUUAAUUUUGCUGACUUUAGAUAUGGAAGACUUGUACAGUACUCUUCUGUAUAAUUAAUAGGAGACCCUUGAAGUAAAAGCUAGUUCCUUAAUGUGAGAAACAUGAAAAAGAACUGUAUCCUUUUCAACAAGAUCAUAUCUAAAGAAAGAUAUACCUUCUGUCCACUGUUGAAAAUGCAAGCGGAUCUUCAUGGUAAGUGUAUUUUUUCCAGUGCUACUCCCAUCAUUAAUUGCAGCCUGUAUAUACAGUUGCUUGUUCCUUAUCAAACUGGUUCAGAAAUAACAUUGAUGUUUAUCUGGAAUGUGUCAUUUCUGGGAGCAGUUUGUAUAUUUUCCAUAAGUAAAACUUCCAGAACAGAUGAAAGGGAAUGUGGCGAAACUGGGAUGGUUCUGUUUCUGUAACAAUGAGUUUUGCACACUACCAUAUUGGGAGCUGUACAAGUUCUAUGUUGAAGUAACAAGGCAUAAUUCCAAGUCAUAUUACAAAGCAUGGUUAAUGUAUAACAGACAAAACACAUUAACCCCCAGCC